AUGGAACGAAGCAAGGCACGCCCAUUGGCCGACCCCCAGCCGGUUCAGGCACCCGUUCACAAGUUGAGGCGGAAGCUCCAGAAAAUUCCCACAAGGCAGCGAAACAACUCCAGCGAGCAUCUCAUAAGCCCAGUCGGCACAGUCCCUGAACUCUCUCAUCUUGCAACACACGAUGCGCAACCGCGAUCCUCUCUCAGCAGUUCCGACUCUCCAAUGUCUCCAGCUUCCGCUACUUCAGCGACAAUGAGGCGGCGCGCUAAAACGCCCAUCUACUGGAUCGGACAGCUUGAGAACAGUCAGAAACCUGGCAAUACCCUCUCUAAGACGCCCAGUCUGGAGCUUAUUGCGGAGCAGUACAGAGCGCUGGUGGACUCGCCUAGUUCUAAUUCCAUAUAUUUCGAAUCAUACUUGGAGCCACAGCCCUCUCCCAGCGGCGAUGAUGGCCACUCCGUGGAACAGCACACCCCUACAGAUGCAGCAGAGGAAUCCCAAGGACGCGGCCCUGGCCGACGAGACGGGCUCGUAGGCGGCUCGCCCACAUCAGACGACAGCACUCUAGUCUCAUUCGAAGAGGAAACCGUUUAUUUCAAGCCUGUCUCCUUCUCACCAGAGCCGACUUCACCAUAUCUCGAGAACCCGCUUCAGAGCCCUUCGCCAACGCCUGACAGCUUGAGCCUGCAAAUAUGCCUAGACCUUCUUACUCGUGACUUAUCAUCGGCGCUCGCGAAGCGACCUGUACGGACUUCUCCAGAGACAUCGGCGUUACAGGUGUGGGUUAUGAUUGAGGCGUACGAGAAGCUACGCGACGAGCUCUCGCAGGCGAGUCUGGGGAAUGAGGAGCUGAGGCCACUGCAGACGGUGUUUGACAUGUGGCUACGCGCAUUGUAUUCGGUGCACGACCGCUUGGCUGGGGAUGGGAGAUCGAGUGAUGAGAAUGAUGAUUUCCUAGCUGCGCUGGCGGCUACCGAGUCAACGCGAGGCCCCGGGCAGGGCUCGGCUCAGAAGAUACAGCAACCCACGCCACAGAGAGUCGAGAGGAACACGCCCCAGAGACUCGACCGGGCGCCCCCAUCCAACCUCUCGGCUGCCUCGGGCUCCAAGAUUGUGCAGCCGACCCCGCAGGCUCUGCCGUCUCGGUCUUCGGGCUCGUCUAUCUUGGUGUCGCCGAGGCAGAAAGGAAACCCUGUGCUGGCUAACUUGAAGUCGAUGCCGUGGGAAUACAGCGACAUCGUUGCAGACUAUGGCCUGGGCCUGACCACGUGUGCGCUGUUUCUGAGUCUCAAGUACCACCGCCUUCACCCCGAGUACAUUUACACGCGCAUCCGCAAUCUCCAGGGGAAGUACAACCUUCGCAUCCUGCUUACUAUGGUGGAUAUCCCCAACCAUGAGGACUCGCUACGGGAGCUAUCUAAGACCUCGAUCGUUAAUAACGUGACCGUCAUCCUGUGCUGGUCUGCCGUCGAAGCCGCCCGCUAUCUCGAGCUGUACAAGUCCUACGAGCACGCCAAUUUCUCGGCCAUCCGGGGCCAGCAAGCCACCGGCUAUGCCGAGAAGCUAGUUGAGUUUGUCACGGUGCCGCGGAGCAUCAACAAGGCAGAUGCCGUUGCUCUUGUCAGCUCGUUUGGCAGUCUCAGGCACGCCAUCAAUGCCGAUCCCGAGCAGGUUUCCGUCAUCAGCGGCUGGGGAGAGAGGAAGGUCAAGAAUUGGUGCAAAGUGGUAGAGGAGCCCUUCCGGGUCAAAAAGGCGGCGAAGCGCCGCGUCGGGGAAGACCCUACGUCUUCUUCCGUCCCUCGACCAAGGGGCGCCGUGCUAGACGCGGCGGUCCCGAUCGGAAGUGUCUCCCGGCGAGACAAGGCACCAACACCUGCUUCCCAGAACACGCGAGCUGCCGGCGGGCAACUCCCGGGACAAGAUAAAACUACACAAAGUUUCGAGGCUGACGAGGAAGCUUUGAUAGCCGAGGCCGACCCGGAACUUAAUCAGACCCAAACGGCCCCAGCUCUUCGAGGCGACGAUCGGCUCAGCGACGGUAUAGCUGCAGCAUUAGCGAGACUGAGAAGGGAGGGCUAG